AUGGACAGUGGGCCAUCUCAUAUCAUGUCAAUACCGACUCAGCAACUCUCCAUCAACAGCCCGGUGCAUGAGACAGGGAUUGUUCCAAAUGACCAGGGCCCCCGGCGAGACCCAGUCUACUUCAACGACAUUGCUCUCUCUUGUCGCAUGCUGAAACAAACCCCCGCGGUUCUCCCUCUAGGCCUCAAUAUGGUGCACAUGAGCUGCAAUAUACAUAUCCAUCUGUCCAGACAGCUCAUCACGUCAUCGAGCGGUUCGAGCCACGCGUAA